GUCAUCUUCUAAACUCAGCGCUACAGCUCUCCAAACCCCGAGGAAAUGCUCGCGUAGGCGCUGGUCACCGCAAGACUGCUUACCUGUCAGCCCAACUGCAUGCGUUUUUCGUGUCUUCAGCCUAUCGCACGGGGAUUGCCAACACCCAUGUACGAGAUAUGCAUCUUUGCUUUUGUCCCGUACCAGUCCACUCAUAUAUGCACGCCCCCAGAUGUACGUGCCGAUGGCAUCGAAAUUGCAUACAGCUGGCUAAUGCAGCGCGGCAAAUCGACAGCCCUGGGAGCGGGAGAAGACUCUUAUCUGUUCUACGUACGACGAGCAGUCCCCGAGGCUGCAGUCGCUCAUCCGUAAACAUCAUGUCUCAGCUGAAGCGGACAACCGCUAUACGGGUCGAUGUGGAUCGGUCAACAAAGCAGUCUACUGUUUCUCAAGUAUUUAUAUGCAGGACAUGAAGGCCAGAGAGCGCAAGUGCCCUUGGUAUCGAACAAAGUCUGCUCCGGACCGCCGCUGAGCAUGGCGAAAGAAUUCACAGAAGUCCCUGUCGUGGACUUUGCACUUUCCCAGUCCCCCGCUACGAAACUAGAGUUCCUCUCGCAACUUCGAAAUGCCCUAGUACAUGUGGGAUUCUUCUACCUAAGCAACCACUCCAUCCCCGACCAAGUGCAGCAAGCCGCUCUUGCGCAGUCGGAGGCCUUCUUCAGUCUCCCGCUGCAGAAGAAGCUUGACUUGGAGACGGCCAAGAGCAAACACUUCCUUGGAUACAAUGGAAUGAACUCCGAGAAGACUGUGGCGGUGACGGGCAACAACGAGUCGGUCUUUUUCGGCCCCGACUAUCCCCCUCCAAGCCCAGAGGAACCCGUAUAUCUCAACUUGCACGGCCCCAGUCAGUGGCCAGAUGAAGAUGUGCUGCCCGAGUUUCGGUCCGCUGUCGAGAACUACCGUUCGGCCGUCCAAGGCCUCGCGGCAUCUUUCGUCUCUUUGGUCCCCGAAGCUCUCGGUCUGGGAAGCGACUCCUUCAAGUGGUUGUUCGACGACCACCCAUUCAGCCGCCUGAACUUCCGGAGAUAUCCAGUGCCGCCGGAAGAAUCGGAGGGAGGAGAUGCCAGCCACGGUAUCGCCCCACACAAGGACAGUUCGUUCAUGACAUACCUGCUGCAAGAUGGCGACCACAACUGCCUAGAGGUCCAAAACAAGUCGGGCCGAUGGAUCUCCGUCCCUCCCAUCCCAGGGACGCUGGUAGUCAACAUUGGCCGUCUGCUGGAGAUCCUCACUCGCGGUGUGUGCACCGCGACGACCCAUCGCGUGAUACUCGGCUCUGAAGGGUUCCGCGAUAGGCAUGGCAACCGUCUGGGUCCACGGCUGUCGGUUCCAUUCUUCCAGAACGUCAACCUGCGACUCCUACCGGAAAGCUUGUCCGUCGAUGUUCCGUCGCAUAUUGUGGAAUUAUCCGAGGGAAAAGAGGCUAUUUCGGACUCUGGCACCUUCUUUUCUGGAAUAUGCGAUAACUCUGUGGGCGAUACAGUGUUUGUUAGCAUGCUGACGAGCUUUGUGGACGCUGCGCAGAAGUGGUAUCCCGACUCGCUGCAGGUAGCUCUGGAGAAGCAAUCGGAGACGAAGCGCUUAGACCAGGCGAGGGGCAUCAAGAUUCAAUAGUCUUGCGGUAGAAUUCAGAUCUGUGGGUGGAAGUAGUAACUAUCAUGCUAAAACCGGUGUCAGUGAGGUUCUUACGAGGGAAUAUUUAAGACGGAACGGCAAUGCUCUGG